GGGAUUAUUCCUGGGGCGGGUUAUAAUACGAUAUAAUUUUCAAUGUCCCUGAAUAAAAUGGUCAUAAUGCUAAAACUUUGAAUACUCAGGCUACACUUUAGGGGCAGAAGAAUUUAGGAACAACAUGAAUAACGUGGACAAUUUACGUAGCAGGAUCAAAAGUUAUAACCUCCGAAGGAGAAGCGGGGACUUGAACCUGAGGUUCACGCCAACAAAAAUUAGCAUUCGUCUUUUCGGGAUGUUAGGACACGGUAAAUCGACCCUAAUUAAUAACUUCUUCUGCGUGCUUAACAACACGGAAUACAGAAAUAUCGCUGAUGAAACAAGCCCCGAGGAGUCAGAUGGUGGUGGUAAGACGAUGGCUCUGCGCCUUUAUCCACUGGACAACACCUGUUUGGAAAUUGUGGAUAAUCGCGGGUGUAAUGAGUUCAAGUAUUCAGAACAAACGGAAUUUCGCAACCAAAUGGAGGGCAAACGACGAGUGAAUAGCAGCGUCAACUUCCAAGGUGACUUUACUGCUUCUUUCCAGUGGGCGGAAUCCUAUGUCAGUCCGUGGUCGUGGUCAGAGCGGUGGUCACACUGGUAUUUUAACGAAAGCCCAAGUGAUGACACUAUUAUCGUGCCAGUGCUUGUAAUAAGGGCAGGCUGGACUCCGAACAAAAAGAUGUUGUCAAAUUUACAUAAGUUUUGCACAACAGUGGUGUAUCCUCAUACUGGUGUCUAUCCUUUAAUUGUUCUAACAUGUGGUCAGGAAAGACCUGAGUGGGAAGGAAGACAUAUUUUGCCACAGCUGCCUUGUUCGACAUAUCUGUUAAACAACUACUAUGAAAGAUCAUCAGAAAGAAAUCCAAACACAGACCAAAUAAUUCUUGAAAUUCUUAUUGCCUGCAUAAAUUGUGCAGACAAUGUACUUAAAAGGUGCAUUGGUUUGGCACACAAGCCAGUCUUUUUUCAGUAACACAGCUUUUCGUUUUAAAACUGAUGUGUAGCUUGCAGAAGAAAACAUUGCAGAAUGUAAACACCUUACACAGAUUUUAUGGCAAUAUUUCAUUCACUAAAACUACAAAAUUGGGUUACUCAGCUAGCAUUUAUUCUCUGUGGUAUUGUACACUAUAUUAUAAGAAAUAUAUUUUUCAGCAGCAGCAACUUCAUAUAAAUACACGUUGGCUUCAUUUUUCAUAUAUCUUAACUGAUUUUUGAGUUCCAUGGAGUUAUUUGUAUUUACUUUUGUAUCAUUGCAGUUAUACAUGGUUGUCCUUUGCUGUUACUUAUGAUGGUACAUUACUUUAUAGCCAACAAAAAUCCCAUGUUUCACUUGUUGCAUAUGUACACUUAUGAUAGCAUAUUGGUGCACAGAUCACAGAUGUGUCGCUAUUUACUUCCAAAAGUCAGUGCUAAGUUUGGGGACAGAUUAGGAAUUGGAAGACUGAAAAUGCAUAGGUAUUUAGCACAAAGAACCAGGGACUUAGGAUUCAUGUGUUAUCUUUGCAGUACAUCAGACAUUGGCUGAAUGAAUUAUAAUAUGAUAAAGACUGAGGAAACAGACUUUUUUUCUGCCUGAUUUUCCCUGCAACACCUGGUAACUAUCAACCCUCAACCUACAAAUCAAACCCAUUCAUCCCCCCAUCCUGGGCAUUCUUAAGUGAGAGCAAGUUAUGGUGAAAUGAGGCCAUCAUGUAGUUAAUCUCAGUAAUAGUUUAUGCCCUUACCAGCAUCCCGUUUCAUAGGUUCAUAGGUUCAUACUAGGCUAUCUGCCCUAGGGCAUUUAUAAGCCUAGCCAGAGUGUGUAUGGCUUUUGCCACCCAUUUUAAAUUAAUUUUGCUAUGCCCUUUUUCGAGGUUAGUAUACUGUGCCUCUGUCUAACAGUGACACAGAAGUGAUAUAGGUUCAUAGGUUCAUACUAGGCUAUCUGCCCUACGGCAUUCUAAUGAUAUCAUAUUUCUUAUAGUUCCUAACCUUUUCCCUUGGUAAUUUCUAUGCUCUCCACUUGUUUUUCUAUGCUUCUGUACUAAAGAUGAAGGCUACCACAGUUGCAGGCUGAUGGCCAGGGCCAUCCUUUGGGUAGCCACCAGUCCUCAGAAUGAUUGAUUGUAGCAUUGGGCAUUCCAAAUUCAUGCCUACCCUCACCAAGACUGGCACACCCUAUCUCUCCCUGUUAGUUCUAGUGGAUACCUGGAACAAUAAUUGAACCCAGGAAAUCUGAGCCACAGUCAGGGCUUUAUCUACUUUCUAGUUACUCUUUAAACCAAGCAAUGAACAAGCCAUUUAUCUUAGUGCAUUUAUGAAAUGAAUAACUGCAAAUGUUAAAGCAUAUAUACAAAACAAUCCAUAUAUGGCUGCUGUAAACAAAGUAAAAAUAGCCCUCUUCUUCCCAUGCAUGUGUGUCAGUAUCAACAAUUCUGAAUAUGAUAAACUUCUCAUUAAAAAUAUCACUGUUAACAUAUUGACACUUUUGAGUAGUCAAUGUAAAUUGCCACCUCUGUCAAUUCUUUCUUAAAAAUAAACAUGCACAUUUAAAUGAUACCGUUGUCAUUUUUGUACUACACUUUAAUGUUAUGUGCAUGCUGUCUGCAAAAGACAGUGAAGCAAGCUAUAUUUUUCAUAUACUCAUCAGAAGAAGAACAUAUAGUGUUUUGAGUAGAAAGAUAAAUUAGGAACUGAGGUCUUGUUUGAAAUAAAGUGUAUCUUGUCUUACAUUAUUCAGUUUUUUGUUUAUUUGAUUUUGUUUACUGAUGUCUUGGUUGCAAUGAUGUUUGAUCUGGUUUGAUAAUUAAACAGUAUUUUCAUA